UUGGAAGGUGCUUAAACACGAAAAAUAUUCGAUGGUUAUAAUGACAUUGAAUCCAAAAGGUGAAGGCAAAGCCCAUGUGUUUUGAUAGAUUCACCGCGAAGUUCGUCACACAAAGACAGAGCCAGCUGGUAAAGUCAAUGACUUUACUUCUCAAAUUCACAAAAUAGUCCCCUUCUUAAGAAAACAUUUGACUUUUAAACCCUAUAAAUUGAAACUCACAAUCCCUACCCUCCUCACUCACCAUCAGCUCUUCUUCUUCUUCUUCUUCUUCUUCUUCCCUAUUUCCUAUUUUCCUCUGAUACUGAAAGAUCGAAGACAAACCCACAAUGGCAAACCCAAAAACCUCUCUGCUUCUGAUGUUUUUGGCGGUUGCGUCAUGUUUCUUGCAGGCCAAGGCAGCCGGAGUUUACUGCAACAAUCCGUACAGCAGAUGCUACCAAAGGUACGUAGAGUGCCCGGAGGAAUGCCCAAGCACUACCGACAUGAACUCCAAGAACAAAGUCUGCUACGUCAACUGCGAUUCCCCUGUCUGCAAAUCCCACUGCCGCAUGAGGAAGCCAAACUGCAACAGUCCUGGAUCCGCUUGCUAUGACCCGAGGUUCAUUGGUGGCGACCAAGUCGUGUUCUACUUCCACGGCAAGAGCAACGAGCAUUUCAGUCUCGUCUCGGACUCUGACCUUCAGAUCAAUGCCAGGUUCAUCGGACACAGACCUGCUGGAAGAGCCAGAGACUUUACCUGGAUCCAAGCCCUCGGAAUCCUCUUCAACUCACACAAGUUCUCCCUCGAAGCCACGAAAACCGCCACCUGGGACAAUGACCUCGACCAUCUCAAGUUCUCCUUCGACGGCCAAGAUUUGGCUGUCCAGGAAGAAACCCUCUCCACCUGGUACUCACCCGACAAGGACAUAAAGUUGGAGAGAGUGGCGAAGAGGAACAGUGUGAUUGUGACGAUCAAGGACAAGGCCGAGAUCAUGGUGAACGUGGUUCCGGUUACCAAGGAAGACGACAGGAUCCACAGCUACAAGGUACCUGAAGACGACUGCUUUGCCCAUCUGGAGGUUCAGUUCAGGUUCUUCAACCUCUCGCCGGAUGUGGAUGGUGUCUUGGGACGUACAUACAGACCGAAUUUCAAGAACCCGGCUAAGCCUGGAGUCGCAAUGCCCGUCGUGGGAGGCGAAGACAGCUUCAGGACCUCAUCACUUCUCUCUAAGGACUGCAAGACUUGCAUUUUCUCCGGAACACCGGCUUCCGGUGGCGUCAUCAAGUCCGAGACCGAGUACGGGACAUUGGAUUGCACCCGUGGGUUCUCCGGGAACGGCAUUGUCUGCAAGAAAUGAAUGUCAGGAAAUGAAUACGAUCCUGCAACUUUGGUAAUAUAUAUUAAAUAAUGAAAGAGUUAAAGCUUCAAGCUUCAGCUGAGCUUCUAGAAUAAUUAAGUGAAGAAUGUUGUAUUGUAUCAUCUACUGCUGUGUAGAACUGAUGUAUUGUGAUUUGUAUCAACGUAAUUAAUAUUUCUGAUAUUAUACUAUACAAACAAUGUUCAUGAACAGAGCAGAGGGAAGGAAACCAGAUCAUGAAUCAGAGCCUGUUAUUAGAGCCCACAAAACAAAUAUCAUCAGAAUUUAAUAUACUUAAAUCUUUGCUGAUAAACUGAACGAGAGCGUGAAGUU